AUCCGCCAUUUUUGUUUUCAUUGUUGUUUAUGCUUUGUUUGACGAAUUCUUUUCUAAUUAAAUCGGUUUUAAUCUUUGUUUGUUUCAUAAAUUGUGCAUUUUCUGAUAAAUAAUUGUAAUUUCCAACUUUCAAUAUGUCAAUCGGAGUUCCUAUUAAAGUACUGCACGAAGCAGAAGGUCAUGUAGUGACUUGUGAAACAAUUACCGGCGAAGUUUACCGAGGAAAACUGAUAGAAGCGGAGGAUAAUAUGAAUUGCCAAAUGACUCUGGUAACGGUUACAUAUCGAGAUGGUCGUGUGGCUCAGCUUGAGAAUGUUUACAUCCGAGGGUCUAAGAUAAGGUUUUUAAUAUUACCUGAUAUGUUGAAGAACGCGCCAAUGUUCAAACGACAAGGAAAUAAACCCAGUGCAGGACGCGGUAAAAGUGCAAUAUUACGAGCACAAGCUGCGGGUCGGGGCCGGGCGAGUGGGCGCGGUGGGGGGCACAGAGGGGGUUGGCAGGGUGGAUCAGGACCCUCGCGUCGCUAACCAAUUGUCUAGUUCAUAAAUUAUGUAGAUUAUACCAAUUCUUUAGCUGUAAGAUAUGUGAUUUCUACAUUCUCACUGGUAAGAAA